AUCACUUGAUGUCUAGUCUCUCUGUUGGGGUGCACACGGAUUGACCACUCCUUUGGGCUUUUCUUUUAUCCUUGGAUAUUUGGGGGGGAAAAGCUAAUCCACAAACAUGACUGACGCACAACAAGAGGCCCGCUCCUACCUGAGCGAGGACAUGUUGGCUGAGUUCAAGGCCGCCUUUGACUUGUUCGACACCGAUGGUGGCGGUGAUAUCAGCACCAAGGAGUUGGGUACCGUGAUGAGGAUGCUGGGCCAGAACCCGACAAGAGAGGAGCUGGAUGAGAUCAUCGAGGAGGUCGAUGAGGACGGUAGCGGCACCAUCGACUUCGAGGAGUUCUUGGUCAUGAUGGUGAGACUGAUGAAGGAGGACCAGGCCGGAAAGAGCGAGGAAGAGUUGGCAGACUGCUUCCGUGUGUUUGACAAGAACGGCGACGGUUACAUCGACAGAGAAGAGUUUGCCCUUAUCAUCCGCAGCACCGGCGAGGCCAUCUCAGAGGAGGAGAUCGAUGAGCUGCUGAAGGAAGGAGACAAGAACAGCGACGGCAUGCUGGACUUUGACGAAUUCCUCAAGAUGAUGGAGAAUGUGCAGUAGAACAAGAAAGACUCAUGGACAUUCCUCCACCCUUCUGUGAACCCCCAUUCUGACCCACUCCCUCCUUCUCCCUCUUGUCCACCUGGUUCACUGCCUUUCUUCUCCAUCCUUAUAGAAGUCCUCAACAGACAGCUAGAGCACCCAGUGGGGGGUCGCUGGCUGGGCAACAUCUUUUUCCUGGCUCGCUUGUAAAUGCAGACAUCCCCUAGAUGCCAUGCUGACACCCAGCCCUGUAACAGGACAGCAAGGCUGCAACAGGGGUUUUUUUUCACUGCACACAGCUUUUGCAGUAUGCAUGGCAUGUCGUGUCAUCAGUGACCCCCUCCCCCUCUCUGCUGGUAAAGCUCUGAUCUAGAUGUAUUCUAGAUAGACGGGCAGCUUGUUACCUGCUGCUUAGACCAAUUAAUUCAAUCACUUCACUGUAUAAAGAAGUAAUUUGCUUGAAAUAAAUGAACUAACACAUGCUCA